AGGGGUGUACCUUACUCAUGGAAGGUGUCUAGUGAGAAAGUGAAGGCGGGGUCUGUGUUCUGUGGAAGAUAGCACUGAUCAACUGCAUUAGUCUACUUCACAACCCAUGUGCAGGAACGCUUGAUGAUACACAGGGUUGGAUGAACUUAACUAUCCAUUUUAUUUUUACCUUUUUUUCUAUUUUUCUUUACACAUUUCAAACUUGUUUACCAUUUUGUCUUGAACAUAUAACAAUGAAAUCAGAUAAAAGCAUGCGUUUUAAUGUAGAGUGCAGAUCUCUGGCAUUAUGGCAGAUCAAAUGUUGGUGUUCUUUCACCUGCAAGAGAUGAAGAGAAAUUCAUUUGGAUAGAUAUAUUUCUAUAUAGCGAAGGACACUGAGAAGCCAUCAGAAACAACAAGCAGACAUGGAGACAUUUACGAUUCACGAUAUGCUCAUCAAUUCCACUGAUAUUUAUAAAAUAUUAUGUGGACUGGGAAUCGGGAAUUUGUCGGAGUGCAAAAAUGACAAUAACGCCACGUCCGAGCCAAAAGACAUGAACCAGACGGUGCGGAUCGUGCUGUAUGUGCUCAUCUUCCUCCUGAGCUUCAUUGGAAACAGCCUGAUCAUCACGGUGCUGCUGCGGAACCGGCGCAUGCGGACGGUAACGAACCUGUUCCUGCUGUCUCUGGCCGUCAGUGAUCUGAUGCUGUGCGUCUUCUGCAUGCCCUUCACUCUCAUCCCAAACCUCAUGAAGAACUUCAUCUUCGGCACCGGCAUGUGUAAAGUGGCCACGUACUUCAUGGGUAUCUCGGUGAGUGUAUCCACAUUCAACCUCGUGGCCAUCUCUCUGGAGCGCUACAGUGCCAUCUGCAACCCCUUUAAGUCCCGGACAUGGCAGACUAAGUCCCAUGCCGCAAAAGUCAUCACAGCCACUUGGAUCGUGUCUUUUCUGCUCAUGCUGCCUUAUCCGAUUGGCAGCACCCUGGUGCCUUUCAUACGCAGUAACAACAGCACAGGCAACAUGUGCCGCUUGGUUUGGCCCAGUGAUGUCAUGCAGGCCUGGUAUGUUUUUCUUUUGCUGAUACUCUUUCUGGUGCCUGGGAUCAUAAUGAUGACGGCUUAUGGCCUCACCUCACUCGAACUCUACAGGGGGAUCAAAUUUGAAAUGGCUAACAGGAAGUCAAACAAAGAGAAGGAAUAUGGCACACCCAAUCUGAAAAAUGGUGACGGUGAUGGCUGUUACCUCCAACCCUCCAAGAGAAAGCGUUCCGAACCCGUGACCCCGGGCUUCAGAAGCCCCAAAUCCAAACUGAGAAGGGUUUGCAGCAAUAGCCCUACAGCAAACCUCAUGGCCAAGAAACGGGUCAUCCGCAUGCUGCUGGUGAUCGUGGGGCUGUUCUUCCUUUGCUGGACGCCGAUCUUCGUGGUUAACGCCUGGCGAGCCUUUGACAGACGUUCAGCCGAUCGUCUCCUCUCAGGAGCGCCGAUAUCCUUCAUCCACUUGCUGUCCUACACCUCGGCCUGCGUCAACCCCAUCGUCUACUGUUUUAUGAACAAACGCUUCAGACAGGGCGUGCUGGCGACGUUCAGCUGCUGUAGGGAUGAUGUGGAUGAAGUGAGCAGGAGUAGCACCCGGCGUAGCGCCAGAGGAGCUGGAGGGCUGGGAACGCUGUUUGGAGGAAGCGGUGGGAGCGGACAGACGGACGCUAACACGCAAAGCUCAGGAACGCUCACAAGGCUUACUGACACCAGUAUCCGUGGCUCAGCACAAGCAUAACUGAUGCUCAUUUAACCCUGACAUUUUCAGUAUAGGAACCCAGCAACAAGUAAAGUGUAUAGAACAGUGUCAAUAUCCUUCAAAGCUUUGCAAUGUUUAGUAAAAUGACUGCUAACGUAAAAGAGAGACUGCACUGGUGAUAAAUGAGAGCGCAAGCAUGCAGUCAAUGACUGCCAAUAGCACUGAAAUGCUGAUAGGAUCCAGUGCUUAAUUUUAGUAGGUCGCUGUUAAAUAAACAGCAGCACCAAAUGGAGCAAGACUGUGGACUCCAGUCCUCAUCACAGUUUUGACUUACAAACUUACAGAGACUUUA